AUGUUUCCAGCUUCAACACUCCCUCACGACUCUGCCCAGCCGUCACCCUCGCUAAACAAGAGGCUCCGUCAAGCAUGUGAUGCUUGCCACGGUGCCAAAACCAAGUGCUGUGGCAGUAGCCCUUGUACCCGAUGUCAGCGUUCUGGAAGUACCUGCGUCUACAGCCAGUCCAACCGAGCUGGACGACCAAAAGGAACACGCAACAAGAAAAGCAGCGACAAUACGAAAGCCGAUCAUGGUCGAAGCGAAUCUAAUGGAUCAUCACGGACAUCACUGAGCAAGAGCUACAGCAGCAGCAACAGCGGAAGUAGCAUCAACGCCCAUACCAACAGCUACCCCGAUCCUCGAAAUAUCUCAGUCCCUCCGAAUCAGCUCAAUGCAUCAUCAUACCAAUUCCCCGAACCGUCGUCUUCGUCUCUCUCUUCUUUUGCCUCUGGUCUUUCUUCGCCCUUGACCCCACACCUAGACUUGCGUGGUCAACGUCAAAAAUGUGUGAGCAGCCUUCCGUUCGACUUCAACCCCGGCCACGACUUCCCUACUUUCUCCAGCAGCAUCCAUGACCCAGCGGCUGUCUAUCAACACAGCUUCCCUUUUCCAAUGAUCGCGAACGAUCUAAGUGUCGACCCCAUGGAUCUCUGCUCUGGCUUCAAUCCCGACGCUGGUGCAGGCGAUAUGCAUUCCUGUGGCAUGCAGAUCUUCCCCGACAAUUUUCCUCUUUCCACCGAGGCAGAUUUCUCCGCAAUGUCACCCUCUCAGAUUCUGAGAGAUUCAAUCCUACAAUCUAUUGAACAAGAUGAUAUUGGCUUUUCAAGCUCUUCUGGCAUUACCUCCGAACCGCUUUCAAAGACUACAACAAACAGUAACAGCACUGAAUCGAAAUGCUCAACGAAUUGUAACAGUGCUGGUGGGAGUCCUGCAAUGUUACAGCCGUGGUUUUCGAAUGAAUCUUCUGGAAUGUCCGCUUCAGAUGCCGACGGCUUAGCCUUAGCCUUUUCACCAUUGCUGGCGCCCAACAGUCAUGCAUCCCUCGACGAGAAUAGGUGCCAAUGUCUGCAUCGUCACGCCAAGCUACUUGCGCAUCUCCAAGAACUGCUGAAAGGGCUAUCAGAGCUACCAGUUGACGUCGUUCUGAAUGGCGUGGAACAGGGGUUGAAGUCCUGGGACACAUAUCUGCAAUGCCGCAUAUGUCAACAAGACCAGCACAGAGAAGUCCUGCUAUUAUCAGCCAUGAGCAUUAGAGCUGUCACCCGGCUCUUACAGGGUGCGUCACGACGGAUGUUCUCACAAUCGAAUCCACAUGACUGGAUGCACGGGCAUAACAGCAAAUCACAACAAGUCGACUUCCCGCCAAAGCAAGGUGAUACCAAAUUCACUUUGGGCAGCUACGAAAUCAAGGGAGAUGAGAGUCUCUUGGUGCUCGGUGUCGUUUUUUCCCGCAUCUUGGCCAAGAUCCAGAUCGUGCUGGCAUCUCUCAAGAAGUCUCUCCCACGCCUAUGUCCAGGUGACGCGGAGAUGCGAGAAGGCGACACAUACACAAGCUAUCUACACAAACUGUUGGAGGGGUUGGAGGCUAGUGUGCAAGUGCUGUCUGCAAAUUUAAUGGAGUGGCGUCUUUGAUUCAUCGAAUAGACAUUGUUCAAACGAAAGGCGUUAUGGGUAGGCGAAUCAAUCUAUGGUACUAAG